AUGGAAACUUGUGAGGGAGUUCUCCUUAUUCCCCCUGACCGCGGCCAGAUUCUGGGCCGCGCCAUCUGGAAGCCACGUUAUGUAGUUGUCGGGGGUCGCAACAUCCACCACAGAGAAGGCCUGACUAGCCCGACUUUUCCGCCAAACACAAACACACACCGCAACGGCGCUCCUCCAAAGAUCCAACCGAGGACUCCCGCCAACGAUGACUAUUACAUCUCCAUAUUCAAGUCCAAGGUAAGGCUCAACAUGACGGAGUUCUCUGGCCCGAACCUAAGCCUCCUGAACCUGCAGGACGACUGGGAGCCUUCGUACCAGUACCCCGUCAGCUCUGUCACAGACUGUCAGGUCCAAAUGCUCGCCCAUCGCAAGCAGGGUCCUGUUCUGCCGACUCUCGUCAUUACCAUCAACGACAAGGAGAAGAAGAGACGUUCGAGUAGGGCCGCCGGUCUGAUCUCCAGCAAAGAAUCCACCGCCACUACCUUGUGGUUCCGCACACCUCCCGAUGAUCACCACAUCAGUCUUCAUGAGUGGGCCCGUUUCAUCAUUUCGAGGAAACUUCCCAUGAGUCCCGAGAGCCCGGCCUCGCCAUCUUUCACCAACCCAUUCACACAGCAACGGUCACGGGAUGUUGAUUAUUUCCCGCGACCUCCUAGCGGCAACCCAAAUCCCCGCGGCACUUUGCAACACAAGAACUCUGCGCAGACGUAUUCGAGUCGAGACCGCCCUGUCACCUUCAGCUCCGAUUCCCCCAGCCUACGGUCCAAGCGCAGCGAUGUCUCCUCGCCAACAAGCACCAACCACCCAGCCCACGUGGGAUUCACCAUGCCCGAUCCCAACAAGUACACCACUGUGCUCCCCUCUGAUAUUCCCUCGCCAGUGACCACUAUGAGCGACGGCCAAAGGAGCGAGUUGAUUGAGGGUUGGACUGCCGCGCAAGGGAGGUCAUCUACACUCAGCUCCCCCAUUCGUGGACGCGGCAGUAUCAGCUCUGGCGCCGCACAACCCUUUCCCGGAGCCGAUUCCAGUUCACCCCCAAAUACGCGAGAGACGAUUCUUGACAGGGCUUUCCAGUUGCGCUGCAUCCCUGGUUCAGAACGCGAGACGCCAGGCGAGGAGAAACUAACGUCUCUGGCCCGGUUCGAUGCCCUGAUGCGCGAAGCGGACGAGAAGGUUCGCCACCGGGUGAAGGAGGCGCACGCAGAAAAGGUUGCGAUGCUCAGCGCGUUUGACGUGGAUGAGGAUUCAUCCGAAGACGAGGCAGAGGAAGACGAGGAUGAAGACGACGACGACGACGACGACGAAGAUCAGGAGGAGUACGCGCAUGAGGCGGAUGUCAACGGCAAUCGCCAUACCUUGAUACCGCCCAAUGCUCAGCGCGCUCUCGACUUCCUUGCCAACCACCAAGCCGACGCAACGUCACCUCGUUCACCCGUGAUGAGGAGCACGCCCGCCAACUUCAGUGUCCCCCUGCAGGCGCCUGCGCGACCACACACGGCUCAUUCCAGGAUGCGGCCUAGCGUGACGCAAAGGACAAACGGCCAGACUCAGCCCACGGGGCAGGUAAAGCUUGAUGUGCCGACCUCUUCAUCCGGUAAGACAUCCGAAGAUGCCAGUUCCCGACCCUAUGGGGAAAAGCGGGCGUCCGGCUCCAGCGCCAAACGACUCAGCUUCACCGAGUUCACCAAGCGUCUCUCGAGCACCAGCAGCUUACUUCUCGUCCAGACCAGCACCAACAGCGGGAGCAGUUGCGGCAGCAGCGAGUUCGACCUAAGUCCAUCACAGGUACCCAAAGGUACUUUGAACGCUAGGGGCGUCCCCCCCCGGCCUCGCGAUCUCGAGCGAGAGGAACAAGAGCGACACUGUGGUUGGCGAAACAGCGUAGGAUUCUCUGAGGGCGGCUUGAUCUGA